CUGGGCGAGCUCGGGGCCCCGCCGGCGCUGGUGGAGUUUCCGACGCAGGAAAGAAACAAAGGAGCCGAAGGGAGAGGAAGAGGCUGCCUGCGGCGCGGCGGGAGCCGAGCGGGGCCGCGGCAUGGAGUGCGAGGGCAAGAAGGGCAAGAAGGGCUUCGUGUCGCCCAUCAAGCGGCUGGUUUUCCCCAAGACGGCGCGGCGGCCGGCCCUCCGCGGCAGCGUCUACCGGCGGCCGCUGCACUCGGUGCCCCUCUACCCGCCGGACUAUCUGAUAGACCCCCAGAUCCUGCUGCACGACUACGUGGAGAAGGAGGUGAAGUUUUUAGGCCACCUGACGUGGGUGACAGCCUCCCUGAACCCCUCCAGCCGGGACGAGGUGCUGCAGCUGCUGGACACGGCCAGGCAGCUGCAGGAGCUGCCGCUGCAGACGACGGCGGCGCAGGACGGCAUCCUGAGCCUGUCGGCCCGCUGCCUGCUGCUGACGUGGCGCGACGACGAGGAGCUCAUCCUGCGCAUCCCCACGCACGAGAUCGCCGCCGCCGCCUACCUCCGCGACGACGCCCUCCACCUCCUCGUCCUCAAAACCGGCCUGGGAGUGGACCCGGUGCCCGCCGGCGCCCACCCCGAGGCGGCGGGGGGCGGCGGGCCGGAGCCGGCCCCCGGCGGGGCGGCCGAGCAGAGGCCGGGGGGGCCGUGGCCGGAGCCGGGGCGGCUGGGGGGCCCCAUGGAGCGGCGGCACACCAUCUGCAGCCUGGACUGGCGGGCGCGGGGCGGGCAGGAGGGCCGCCGGGGCGGCAGCCUGGAGCGCAAGGCGGCUGGCGGCAGCUGGGAGAAGCGGCAGGGCGGCCGGGCCUUCGGCAGCUGGGAGCGGCGGCAGCCCCGCGGCGGCGGCGGCGGCGGCGGCGGCGGGGAGCGGCGGCAGGCGGCCGGCGGCAGCUGGGAGCGCGGCAAGGCCUACGGCAGCUGGGAGCGGCGGCACGCCGGCAGCAACCCCCUGGACCCCCAGGAGCCCUGCCCCGGCGCCUACUCCAACCUUGUCAUCCUGGCCGUGGCCAACAGGGAUGCCGCCGAGGAGUCCUGCGCGCUCAUCUGCCAGGUCUUCCAGAUCAUCUACGGCGACCAGAGCAUCGAGUGCGUGGACCGCGCCGGGUACCACUACACCUGCACGCCCGAGCGGCCCUGGCUCCGCAGCAGGAGCGAGAGCUGCCGCACGGACGGGACGUACGGCUACGACGCCGACUUCAGCUGCUGCAGCUCCUUCAACGGCUCCCACGAGACCUUCGACGCCUACUACAGCGGCGCCUCGUCGCCCUCCUUCCACCGGUCCCACCACAGCCUGGCCACGGCCUGCAGCGGCAGCGACCAGAGCAGCGCCGGGCUGGAGCAGCUGCAGGACUACAUGGUGACGCUGCGCAACAAGCUCUCGCCGCCGGAGAUCCAGCAGUUCGCGGUGCUGCUGCGCGAGUAUCGCCUGGGGCUGCCGGUGCCCGAGUACUGCGCCGAGCUGCUGCGCCUCUACGGGGACCGGAGGAAGUUCCUGCUGCUGGGGAUGCGGCCCUUCAUCCCCGACCAGGACAUCGGCUACUUCGAGAGCUUCCUGGAGAGCAUCGGCAUCCGGGAGGGCGGCAUCCUCACCGACAGCUUCGGCCGCAUCAAGCGCAGCAUGAGCAACACGUCGGCCUCGGCCGUGCGCAGCUACGACAGCUGCUCCCUGCGCUCCGAGUCCGAGUCCUUCAACCGCAUGAUCACGGACAUCACCCACGACAUCGAGGCCCUGGCGCGCGACGAGGACGAGGAGGAGGAGGAGGAGGAGGACAACUACCUGUGAGGGGCUGCUGAAACCCCGCUUGCAGGGCGCCGGGCUCGGCCCUGGGGGCACCCGGGCUGCGGGGGGGGCUGAUCUCGCCCCCCACCCCGGUCCCCGCAGCGGGGCAGGUGCCUGCACAGCACUGGCGGCUCGUUAGCGCUAACGGGAUUCCAGAGCAGCCUGGGGAUGUAAUUAGUGCAGAUUGCAAUUAAACCGCAGGGCAGGGAGCGGAGCAGAGCGGGUUCCUCCUCCGGCCGAGGCGCACGCACGAGCACGCUGCUCCCCCCGCGCAGCCCCC